CGUACUCCUUGUGGGACAAUUUGUUUACAUCAUGGCGGCGGUGGACUUCAGAGACAACCUUCUCGGGAUAUCCUGGGUGGACAGCGGCUGGGUACCAAUUCUUAACCCUGGAAAUGUACUGGACUACUUCUCUGAGAGAAGCAACCCAUUCUACGACCGAACCUGUAAUAAUGAAGUAGUGAAGAUGCAGCGGCUUACCCUGGAACAUCUGAAUCAGAUGGUGGGAGUGGAGUACAUUCUUCUUCAUGCUCAGGAGCCAAUUCUUUAUAUAAUCCGUAAACAGCAGAGGCAGUCACCAACACAAGUGAUUCCCAUGGCUGACUACUACAUCAUAGCAGGAGUUGUUUAUCAGGCCCCAGAUCUGGGAACAGUUAUCAGCUCAAGAGCGCUCUCUGCUGUCCACGGAAUCCAGUCUGCUUUUGAUGAGGCCAUGUCAUAUUGCCGCUAUCACCCAUCCAAAGGGUACUGGUGGCACUUCAAGGACCAUGAGGAGAGAGAAAAAGCCAAGCCCAAGUCUAAGAAGAAAGAGGAGCCGAGCUCAGUGUUUCAGAGGCACCGUGUUGACACACUUCUUUUGGACCUCAGGUCCAAGUUUCCACCAACAUUCUACCAGCCGAAGCCUGGUGAGAAGCCAAUUCCAGUUGAGGUGAAGAAGGAGCCUGAACCCCCUGCAGAAACUGUAAAACAAGAGGAAAGGGAACCAGCCACAAAGUCCUCUGCCCCAGCUCCACCAAGCAAACCGCCUCCUGAGAAGAGAGCAAGGCUACAGUGACAUUAUUCUCACACUCUGGGAAGAUGGAGCAAGGACAUGUAUAGUCCUACAGCACUAACUGAAAGAACAGCUUGGGAGUAUUUUUGCUCCCUUUCCACUCUGCUCACUUGAUCAGUUUACAGGAUGCUAAGAAUGAAGUGCCACAAAAACUCUCAUGCAGUUGCUUGUCUCAGUGCCAGGACUACUUUUACACUGUAACCUUAGUCUUGUACACUUGAUAGUUUUGGCAUCAUGAACGUUUCAGGCAGCUGUUCUAUGGACAAGGGUUAACUGCUUGAUGUCAGCAGGCAUUUAGCAGUAUUUGCUAAGGAUGAGGUUUUUCGAUGAUAAGCUGACCUCAGCAUCAGUGUCGGUUUACUGCUGACAUCAGCAUAAUAUUUGCAUUGUAGUGACUUCAGAGGACAGUUUAAUUUCUAGUGUGCUUUACAGGGGGAUGUGUCAUAAAGCAUUAUCUCAUCUGAAAAGCAAAAAGCGUCUUGACUUGAGCACCUCUCUUUAAUCACAAACACUUUAAUCUUUUUUUGUGUGUUUUUCUAUUAAAAUGUAUCAGCUACUGUGUCCUGAUUUGUUUUGACUGUUGACUAGUAAAAGUCUUUGCUGAU